AUGUCCAACUACGGCCCCAUCACGAGUUCGGGCACUGUGACUUCAUAUCUCCCGCUGACCAGCGCAUGGUCGGCGCCAGCCCAGUGCUCGUCCCUUUUUCUCAAGGCCGGCGACAACCUCUUCCUUAACUCCCCGCAAUACGACCAGGUUGUGCCUGGAGCCCCAGAAUGCAACCCCCCCGAGCUCUCUCCAUGGUGGUACCAGAGCCUGGAUACAGCCUCGCCGACAGCAACGCUGCUGGGAGGGUAUGAGUUUGUGUGUCCGGCGGCGUAUACCACUGUAUUCUCAUGGGUGACUGCCGAGACGACGACAAUUGGCUGCUGUCCAUCUGCUUAUAGUUAUGCUGGUACAUGGUGGAGAGCCGGCUUCCCUUCUCAAUGCGAGUCCUCGAUUCCCACCGGUACAAUUACCUUCGUCCAACCCGGUUCAGGGACUGUCUACACAACCACAAGCGAAUUUAUAUCAACUCCCUCGGUGGUAUGGGGGGUGCAAGUCAAUGGGUUUAAAAUCCAGCCGCCGCAAACAAGCGCUGCUACUACUACGACGACGACGACGACGUCAGCAGGAGUAUCGCAGUCUACGCAGACCAGUAGCACAUCUUCAGCUACUUCUUCGUCGACAUCCUCAUCCUCUUCUAAGCUAUCAACGGGGUCUAUCGUUGGGAUUGUCACGGGAUCGGUAAGUGCAGUAGCGACUGUCCUGGGCUUGGUGUUUAGAGUGUAUAAGUGGAAGCAGAAGCAGAGGCAGUCAACUCAGGAGAGAGGCCAAGAUGGCAUGACUGGUGUUUCUUUUGGGAAAGAGAUGAUGGGGAGGUUGUGCGCGAACUGUGGUACGACCACCACUACUCAAUUCUGCACGAAAUGUGGCGCACGAGCCUGA